UCCGGCAUGGCGGCGGAGCAGCCCCAGCCCGAGGGCUCCAAGCCGCUGAGUGGGCUGCUGAGCGGCAUCGCGCAGGCCACGUACUACGGCCACGCGGGCAUCACCGAGGAGCUGCUGCGGGGCCAGCUCUACCCCGAGGCGGCGCCGCACGAGUUCCGGGCCCUGCUCGCCAAGAUGAACGGCGUCCUCAAGUCUGUAGCUUCAGCAGACAUGGAUUUGAACCAGCUGGAGGCCUUUCUUACUGCCCAAACCAAAAAGCAGGGAGGUAUCACAGCAGAUCAGGCUGCAGUCAUUGCAAAAUUUUGGAAAAACCACAGAACAAAAAUUCGAGAGAGUCUGAUAAAUCAAAGUAGGUGGGACAACACCUUGAAAAACAUGAACUGGAGAGUGGAUUUGAAAUCGCAGUCAAGACACGUCGAUCAAAUAAACACCCCUGUUGCAAUUGUUGAAAUGGAGCUGGGGAAAAAUGGGCAGGUGGUGAUUUUCGCUGAUAUCUCACUUCUGAGGGUAACAAAGGCAGAGAGAGCACAGCUGCUGCUGGCGUACUGAAGCUGCCUGGGCCCGUAUGCUGCUAGCCUGCUUACUGCAAUGGUGCCUGCUGAAGUUAUCGCUGAGCGGCGUGGGAAAGUGUCCUACCAUGGAGGAAGAAAUAAGGUGGCCCUGCCUAGAAACCGUCGGAGGAGGAUUGCAGAGUACUUCCAAGAAAGUUUAAUUGAGAUCUCUCAGGAGGAUUCAAGGGACAUCCCUGUGUACGUAAAACUGCUCUGCAUGGUCCCCCCCAACCCCCGCCUAAUUUUAGAGGGGGAAUGAAAAGCAGAUAGCA